AUGAAAGUAAGUUGGCGGGAUGAAAUGAAAUGCCAAGUGUCGACUAGCUUCUCGACGAUCGACUUGACGGACAGCUGUGAUAUUCCUGAAACCCCGCAGUCUUCCUAUGGAUCUCCGCUGGAUUUGCCUGAGACGCCCAUCCGUAAGACAGUCUUUUUGGUGCGUCAUGGCGAAGCUUUACAUAACAUUGCGGAGAAGUCCGCCUUGCAAGAAGCCCUUGCAACUCUUGCGAACAGAGACUUCCCCAACGAGGAUGUGAAGAGAGAAGCCUUGGAGAUCGCGAGGAGAUCUGUGUUGACAGAUGAGGGAUUGAAGGAUGCACCGUUGUCAGCCAAAGGGCAUGAACAAGCAGGAAUCACAGCAACGACGAUGUCUAAGAUCGUGGAUGAAGAUGCCGACUUGAAAGCACCAGAAGCAGUCUUUGUUUCACCUUUGCAACGGGCUCUCCAGACAGCUGCGCUCAUGUUUCCGAAACACAAUGAAGUCCACGUGUGUGAUCUCCUGCGUGAGAGGUGCACAGGCUUUCCUUGUGAUGAGAGGAGUGAAGUGCCCUCCUUGCAAAGCCGCAAAUCAUUUUGCCACAUGAGCUUCGACCAAGUAAUGCAAGAUGAUGACGAUGACAACGCGGUUUGCAAUGUGGAGCAAGAGGUCGAGCUUGAACCUCCGAUCUUUCGCCGAUUCCACACCUGGCCACUGAUUGAAGAGAAGUUCAUGUUGCGCAAGCGGACAGCUGGCCUGGGGAAGCUUCUGCAGGGAACAGAUGCCGACAGCGUUUGCAUCGUCACCCACAAAGGCUUCUUGCGGGAGCUUGAACGUGGACCUUUGGGACAGCCACAGGCAUCUGAGUUCAGCAACUGUGAGGUCCGGGUCUAUGAUGUUUGUGUUUGUGAUGGCGCAGCUUGUCCUUACGCAGUGCUUCGGGCCCCAAACCUUCACAAUUCCAGAACUAAAUUAUACAAUGGAUAUCAAUGGAUUAUUAUAGAUUACAAUUAUGAUGGAAUGAUAUAA